UGUUCAUCAUUGCAGUUUUUGAGUCGCAGUAGUUCAGACGUGAUUUUAUUGUGCGGUAGAAAAAUAAUUUCGGAUUUUAAUUCUUCAAAAGUGCGCAAAAAAUCCACAAAUAAAAAAUGUGCAUGUUGGAGAGAUUUUUCUGCUUUGAAUUGCAAACGGCCGGCGUUAUUUUGGGCUGGUUUGCAACCACCAAAUCUCUCUUGUCGCUGAUUACGGCGACAUUUGGAUAUUCCUACAUUCCUGGUUUGGUCAAUCAAACCAUUGUCGUGAUAAAUAACGUAACAAACCAAACGAAUCCCGAUGCUGGCGGCUACAUUCAAACCUCGACAAACGUCGUUGACGGACUUGUUGUGGCUUUAAUUGCGUUAAUGGCUAUCGAUUUUAUUGCGUCCAUUUUAUUACUUAUCGGAACUAUUCAAGGAAAACGUUUGAUGCUCUUGCCAUGGCUCAUUGAAAAUGGAUUUGGUUUAAUGUACACCAUUUUAGUCGUUGUCAUCAUAACUCUGGCAGUUGCUUCCAAUCCAGACCAACCUUCGGGAUCUGCAGCUGUUUUCAUUGGCAUGACACUUUUCGUUCCGCUUGCGUUUUCGAUUUAUUGCUGGAGUGCCGUGUAUUCGCUCUAUCACUGGUUUGCCGAGGUGGAUACGCAACGUGCGAGACUCUUGGGACCAGCACAGGCAAAGCAUCCGGCAUAUCAAACGUAUGAACGGGUUUAAAAAGACAUGACUUGAAUUACCUACUAGUUUAGAACGGCACUAUCUAAAUAUGACAUUUUUUUUACAAUUGAUUCCAAAGUCAAGGCAAAUUAAUCUUAAAAAUAUCGGAUUACUCACACAGUGAUGAGGAAAAACUUGUGUGUGUUUUCGCAAACCGACAGAAUAAUAAACCAAUUACUAUAAUUAUAA